AUGUCUUCUUCAACCCACUUCCAAGACCCUCCGAGCUUUCAGCAACAGUCCAACGAGUUUGUCUAUUGGUUAGAGUCCAAUCCAGGUGUCAAAGUCAAUCCAAAGAUCCUUCUGGCAGAUCUAAGAUCUACUGGAGCUGGACGAGGAGUCGGGCGAAGAGCUAUUUUCCAUCCCCGUUCCCUGAUUAUCGCUGUCCCAAACUCAGACUUGAAAGGUCUGCUGCCGCAAGAUGUUGAGUCUCUUGGCCCAUGGCUAUCACUGAUGUUGGUUAUGCUUUAUGAAUAUUUGCGUGGCCCCCAGUCUCGAUGGGCGCCCUAUUUCCGAGUUUUGCCUUCCCGCUUUGAUACUCUUAUGUUCUGGUCGGAGGCUGAGCUGAAGGAAAUGCAGGCUAGUGCCAUUGUUGACAAGAUUGGCAAGCAAGGUGCCGAUCAGUCUAUUAUUGACUCCAUUGCGCCUAUUGUCAGGGCUAAUCCGGCACUAUUCCCACCUGUCAAUGGACUCGCAUCGUAUGAUGAUGAUGCUGGUACUGCCGCUUUACUGGAGAUGGCCCAUAUUAUGGGAUCUUUGAUCAUGGCUUAUGCUUUCGAUAUUGAAAAGGCUGAAGAUGAUGAGGAAGAAGUUGGUGAUGACGAUGAGAGCUACAUGACCGAUGAGGAGGAUGAGCAGCUUCCCAAGGGAAUGGUUCCGCUUGCUGAUCUUCUCAAUGCUGAUGCCGAUCGGAACAAUGCACGUCUUUACCAGGAGGAGGAGUGUUUGGUCAUGAAGGCCAUCAAGCCAAUUCACGAAGGAGAAGAGAUCUUCAACGAUUAUGGUGAAAUCCCCCGUGCCGAUCUGCUCCGCCGAUACGGCUAUGUCACCAACAACUACGCCGUGUACGACGUUAUCGAGUUAUCUCUGGGCGAUGUUUGCCAGUCAGUCGGCCUUCCCAACAGCGAUGUGGAAUCUCAACCCAGACUCCAACUGCUCGAGGAACAUGACCUCCUCGAAGAUGGAUAUGUGAUUCCCAGACCAUCUGCUAAUGCUACUCUGCAAGAUAUCCUUCCUGCAGAGCUCGUUAUCUUGCUUACUACACUCACACUCUCCCCUGAAGAGUUCGAGCAGCGUCAAACAAAGAACAGACCUCCCAAGCCUUCUAUGGAUGCGAACCAAGCUGGUUUGCUUUACAAGAUCUUGCAGUCUAAGCAAGCACAAUACGCCACUUCUCUUGCCGAAGAUAUCAACCUUCUUUCUGGACUUCUUCCGCCUAAUGCUCCCGAUGCCCUGGAGGGUCCAGCUCGUCGACACAAAAUGGCUUUGCAAGUGCGCCUCGGCGAGAAGGAGGUCCUGCGUGCUCUCCUAGCGAUGCUCGAGUCCCAGGCCUCAAAUGGAUCUCUGAAACGAUCUGCCAAUGGCGAUGAUUACGAUUCCCGCCAAAGCAAGUUGGCCCGUGUAUGA